AUGUCACAAUUCAUCCGCAAGCUGCAAGGCGGCAACCUGGAAGUCUUCAAGUUCGGCAUGUACGUCCUCUUCCCAAUCGGCUGGAUGUAUUAUUUCGGCACGAACCUCGACGACCGCUUCGCCACAAAGAACUUCUGGCCCACUGCCGAGCAAUCGAACAAAAUUCCGCUCGAUAAGGAGGAGAUUGAUCAGGAAUUAGCGCGUAUGCGGAUGGUUGAUUCUGUGCGGAGGGAGCGGAGGGAGGCGCAGGCGGCUCAAUUCGCCGCUGCUCAGGCACAGGAACAGGCACAGGCACAGACACAGCAGAAUGAGCAAUGA